CAGGGCUUAAAGCUCAUGAAUUUUUAAGCAGUUUAAAUUAUAGGAAAUAUUUGAAUAUCCUCAAUAAGGCGUAAUUCAUAUCGACUGAAUACGUGAUGUGAUCAGUCCCAGACAUUUUGUGCAGACGUUUAUACUCGUUUUUAUUGUUAUAUAGGUUGAUCAUCCCUUGACCUUAUCAAAAUAUACAAGUUAUUAAUGAUCGUCACCAAACGAUAAGAAAGAUUAGUCAAAGUUAGUCAUUCUUAAUCAGUUGGGGUAGAAAAUAAAAUUAUCAUAGGUUCUUAUGCAAGUUAAUCUGUAUGUAACGAUGAGACUUUUAGUCUUUUUAAUACUACCAUUGGUUAUGUUAUGUCAAGGCUAUAAUUUAACAACUCGACAGCUCUGUUGUACUAUAGGAACCAAUUAUUCAUUAAGCGGCAAGGGAUGCAAAACAUUUCAUCCUCCAAUUCCAGGUAUUGCCAUCGAAGAUGAAAGAGCAUGCGUUAGUAUGGUCGAUUUAUGUUGCAAAAAGCAAGUUCGCCUAUUACAAUGCAAUGCGGGAAAGAAAGAUGCUGUAGCGGAUGGAAUAUGUGUAGACGAGAGUGAAGACCGACGGGAUUGUUGUGAAUAUUGUCGAUUGGGUAUAGAAGCAAAGCAUGCGGGAGAGACAUGCGUCGACUCACUAGGAUUAGGAUCGCCAUUUACCGAUGUUUUCACUAACUGCUGUGAAGAAGCUAGCAACAUUAAUAAAAUGCAAUCGUCCGUAGAAAUCACAACUUUCAAGAGUUUCCAUAGUGAAACUCUUGAAAAAGGUUAUACAGAAAGUACUAAUCAUACUAUGCCAUUGAGUUUUCCUCAUUAUCCUGGCCUUUCCGAAGAAAAUGUAUGUGAAACAGGUGAAUUUUGUGCCCAACUAUGUGAAUCAACAGGAAAAUCAUUUAAAUGCAGCUGCUUUGCAGGAUAUGAACUGAUGAAGGAUGAAGUAUCUUGUAAACCAAUAAAACGUGCUAAAGGUAGCAGAUGUGAAAGAAAUAAUCCUUGUGAUCAUGAUUGUACUGACACUGGAACAGCAAUUGAAUGUGCUUGUCGAGAUGGAUUCGAGUUGGCUACAGACAAAAAAACUUGUAAAGACAUUGACGAAUGUGCUCUGGGAAUUCAUCAAUGUGGCCCGGAUGAAGAAUGCGAAAACGAAAUGGGCGAUUAUUCUUGUUUCAUUACUGUUUUGUAUGGCGAAAGUGAUGAUGGAAUUGGCAAAUGUCCAACCGGACACCGGUUUAAUGCUGAAAAAUCCACAUGUGAUGACAUUGAUGAAUGUAAUUUAAAUGUAUUAUCUUGUGUACCACCUCUAAUUUGCAAAAAUACUAUUGGAUCCUUUACUUGCGAAGCCCCGGAGUGUCCACCAGGAUUUUAUUAUAAAUAUUCAAUUGAAAGUUGUGCUGAUAUUGACGAAUGUACUACAGGAAACAACGACUGCAACAAGGAAUCUCAAUUGUGUGUAAAUAUGAAGGGCACCUAUACUUGUGUGGAUAAGGUAUCAAAAAAUGCUUGUCCUGCUGGGUUUAAAAAAAAUAUUUACACCAUGAAUUGUGACGAUAUUGACGAAUGCGAGAAUGUUCUAAAAGUUUGUUUAGAAAAUCAAGAAUGUAUUAACGAGCAAGGGGGCUAUAAAUGUAUUGAUAUAUCAUCAGGUAAAAAGGAACAUGUAUUCUUAUCUACCGUCAAACCUACAGAUCCUCCUGUAUGUCAUAUUGGCUUUAGAUAUAAUCAUACGCAAAAGACUUGUGACGAUAUUAAUGAAUGCCAAUUGCGUCUAGAUAACUGUUCGGCUAUGCAUAGAUGUGAUAAUACGAUAGGAUCAUUUCACUGCAAUAGGAUAGUUUCAUGUGGAACAGGUUAUACCCUAAACUCUGCCAGUGAUCUCUGUGAAGACGACGAUGAAUGUCAACUAGGUACUCACAAUUGCUUUUCGCUUGGUUCAAAUUAUAAAUGUAAAAAUUUGAUUGGCUCGUACCGAUGUGAGUUAGUCCGAUCACCUCCAGUGGUGGUUACUCCCUCAACAAGUACAGUUGCUUCAACAACUCAGGUCGUCACACCAAAAUCAACGAUUCCUAUAGGCACAAGUAGCCAAAGAAGUAUUUUUACCACAUUUCUGACACAAUCCAACAAAACUAGUUCAACGACUGCACAUCUUAGUAAUGCCGUUAUAUCUACCACUUUAAAACCGAUAUCGAUUACUAACGCUUGGGGAGAACCAUUUUAUAGUAAUAAUAGAAGGCAGCCUUGGUGGUAUUAUCAACGUCCAUUACCUUUACCAACUACGGUAAAAAGAUACUAUACAACUCCUCCAGCAGAAAAUCCCGUGACUAAACGAACUACUUAUUUAAAAAAUACGUACAGUAAAACAGUGCAAAGGACCACGUGGACGACUUCUUUGCCAAUUAUAAGUGGGAUGUCAAAAAAGUGUCUGCCGGGAUACCGCAUGAAUUCAAGAGGAGAUUGCGAAGAUAUAGACGAAUGUCAACAAAAUCCAUGCCCCAAUCGCACGAAAUGCCUAAAUUAUAAUGGAGGAUUUCAAUGCACGAUGCCUUUAAUUUGCAAAAUUGGAUACGAACCAAAUUUAAAGGGUGAUCAGUGCAUUGAUGUGGACGAAUGCAUUCGAGGUACUCAUAGUUGCAGCGUAUCGCAAAUCUGUAAGAACGGACAAGGGUACUACACUUGUGAAUGUCCGCCAGGACACCAUUUAAAUAGGAACACUCAAACUUGCGAGGAUUUGGACGAAUGUAAAUUUUAUAAGCCUUGUGGAAGUUACGCAGAUUGUACAAAUUCGGUUGGUUCUUAUACCUGUUCUUGUAGACCUGGAUUUAAAAUGAACCAAAACUUUUGUGACGAUAUUAACGAAUGUGAAGAAAUACCCGAAUUAUGCCAGGAUAAUUGUGUGAAUAUUUGGGGAUCAUACCGGUGCGCCUGUAAGCCCGGGUUCACUCUUAAUGUCGAUAACAGAACGUGUACGGACAUAAACGAAUGUGAGAAAUUCAAUGAUCGCAAAUUAUGCAUUGGAAAUUGUAGAAAUACUCCAGGUAGUUACAUAUGCGAAUGCCCAAGCGGAUAUAAAUUGGGUCAAGACCACAGAGCAUGCAUUGAUAUAGAUGAAUGUUCUUCGCAAGGAUUUGUUUGUAAAUCAGAUGAAGCAUGUGUCAAUACCCACGGCGGAUAUAAAUGUUAUCCAAUAACCUGUUCUGGCAAUUAUAUUAAAGAUCGCUCUCAUAAAGCACGCUGUAAACGAUUAACAUGUGACGCGAGAGACAACCAAUGUCUUCUGCAGCCCGAGCAAUAUUCCUAUCAAUUUAUGGCUCUGGUGUCCGAUUUGCCUUUGGCAGAUGAAAGUAUUCCCCUAUAUAAGCUAAAGGGCCCAGAUUGGGCAUCUGCUAGAGCAGAAUUUUCUCUACAACUUUUGGAUGUGAAUUGUCCACCGAGUGUUAAGAGAGUUGACAGAAGUUAUUUUAAAGAAAUUUUUCAAGAAAACAACCUUAUGGAGUUGCAUUUAGUGCGAAGUAUUGAAGGACCUCAAGAAGUGAAAUUGCAAAUUGAAAUGAAACUACUUCAACAAAAUAACCUUGUCGGGAGUGUGGUCGUGUAUAUAGUCAUGGUUGUAUCAGAAUAUCCGUUUUAGCUUUGUUUAGUUUUUCUCUACCUCAUGGCAAAGAAAUUUGUGAUUUUUCUUUCAAAUUAAACCCACGAAAAAAAUAUAAUAAUAUUAUAAACUAUUCAAUACUAAUUAUUAUAAACUGUUCAAAAAUAUAGCCAAAAUUAAAAAUGCGUAUUUAUGAAAUAGUAUCAAUUCAAUUUAUCUUUUUUUUAUUAAGUAGGUAAAAGUUUGUUUUCCACGAACAAAAAUGGCUCGACAAUCUUCGAUUAAUUAUAAUACCUUUUAAUAAUUUCAUAUUAAUAUAUAAAAUAUCAAUUUCAAACAA